AUCAGUCCGCGCCGGAGAGCCGACCGCGACGCUCGUCCGUGAGUCUGUUCCCUCAGAUACGCUGCUGGUUUACGGCGUGCCGUAACACGACACGUUUGGAGGGACCGACGCAUCAACGCGUGUGCCUGGUGCUCUGUGAACGCUGGAUACUGUGCUAUUAGUGUUGUGAACUAUGAUGCAAGUGUGCUGAAGUUACUCUAUUGACAUCUAAUACCAGGAUUUUUAAAACUGCCAGUUCCGGAUCUGCUUAGCCGAUAAUCGUGAUGAAAGUGGUCAGUUUGCAACUACCUUCCGGGCCGAGCAUGGAGCGGCUUCCGCUGCCAUUCAGCCCGACGGAACUAUUGUGGCGGUACCCGUUGCCGUGGGCGCCGCCGCCUCCAUCGCCUCUUGGUGACGCAAAGGCCCAGCUGCCCGCUGGUCUCCCCCCAGAACCCCGUCUCUGGACCAGAGAAGACGUCGCCGUUUUCCUCAAAUGGUGUGAAAGGGAAUUUGAUCUACCAAACUUUGAUAUGGAUCUUUUUCAAAUGAAUGGCAAAGCGUUAUGUCUCCUUACCAAAACGGAUCUCGGGGAACGCUGUCCGGGGGCUGGUGACGUUUUACACAAUGUUUUACAAAUGCUGGUGCGAGAUGCUGCGCUUUUGGGGAGAGUGCCGUCGUCCCCGGUGACACCGACGGCGCGCGGCCCUUACCCGCCGUCGCCGCACUCCCACCCUCCGACUCCAACGUGGACCAUGGAUGGCUUCCAUCACUUCCAUAGCGCUGCUGCGGCCGCCGCGCAGCCCAACUCGGUAACAUUGAGCCCUGCACCAUCCGUCGACAGUUCAGGAAGUCCCCAAAGAGGAGAAACAAUGAGCUAUGCGCCAUCAUAUGUACCAUCUACGACAGCUGUGGUUCAGAACGCAAGCUCUGGAAGCAAUCAUUCUGAUUCAGAUGAAGAAGCUCAAUUUACGCCCCAACCACGUUCGCCAAAGGAAGUUCCAAUGGCGAAUUCAUCUUCACAAAACCACCAAGCGCAACAGCACUCGCACUAUCGCGCUCAACAUAGAGAAUUCUUUCCGAGUGAUAUGCCAGAAUCUAACACAAAUGGAAGACUCUUAUGGGACUUCCUCCAACAACUGCUUAAUGACCCAACCCAGCGAUACACAAACUACAUCGCAUGGAAGAACCGAGAAACUGGUGUUUUCAAGAUCGUCGACCCUGCUGGCUUGGCAAAACUAUGGGGGAUUCAGAAAAACCAUCUUUCAAUGAACUACGACAAGAUGUCCCGCGCUCUGAGAUACUACUACCGUGUAAAUAUUUUACGGAAAGUGCAGGGUGAACGACACUGCUACCAGUUCUUGAGGAACCCGAUUGAACUGAAGAACAUAAAAAAUAUCUCGCUCUUGAGGCAACAAAUGAGCCCAACCCGUGUAGCCCCGCAGCCUGUAGUAAAGACAGAAAUGAAGGAAGAACGCUGUGAAGAAGAUCCCGCGGACGAGGAUAUGCCAACCGACUUGAGCAUGGCCGCGUCAGAGCCGUGGCGGAAACGCGCGCGCCCCGAACCCAUCUCUGCGCCCGCGCCGCACGAAAAACAUCGCAUCAGUGCCCUCAUCGGAGAGAGCAUGCUACUCAAACGAGAAUCCGAAUAUACUCCUGAACAUUAUGCGCUAAAUCUCAAAAGUGAAAAAUGUGAACAAUGAUCAUCGAAGACGUAAGCUGGACACUAACUGUGCAACGCGUGAUUAAUGCAAGCAUUCGUGCGAAAACAGCUCCACCCAUUAAAAUUCUAGUCAAAAUCCUCUCAGAAAGGGUUUCUUGCAGUCUUCCUAUAAAAUAAUUUAUAUUUGGUGAGAUUCCAAUGAUUAACGUCACAAAGCUGAGAGUACUUUGACGAAUUUAAGAUGGUCUUUGGAGUUAAAAGCAGGGUAUGGACCUUAAUGCCUUUGUGCCAAGUGAUUUUUAAUUUUUAGUGUCAAUUAAAUUAAGUAGUUAGCAAAAGGGACAAGAGUUUAUUUGUGUUAACAUAAUAGAGACUGUUAUAUUUUGUGCAAUGACUAAACGGCUGCCGUGAGUAUGAGCAGUUGAAGAGAUCAUUGUUGCCAAAAGUCAAUAAGUAUGUGUGUGCGUAACUAGUUACUUACGCGCUUGUUGAUGCAUUUUGUAAUUUAAUUUAGUCGUAUGCAUGUUUAUUCUUUUUAUGUACUAGCAAAAAAGAAAACAACUUCAGAGUUUAAACCAUAAAAACCUGUUCAAAGAUACCGAUAUCGUCUUCCAUUAUAUUUUGGCAAUCCAAUUAUGUUGUAGCGUGCAAAUCAAAUUUAUUUCGAGCAAGCCUACCACAAAAACGGCAGCUAUUUCUUGAUAGUAUACCUAGCACAUCACGUAAAAUGUCAUAAAAUAAAUAUUUACAAAAUUGACAAUAAUAGACAAAAAUUACCUAAAAUGCCUUGAAAAUUAUUAAAAUUUCCACUGUGAUAAAUGUAAAGUGGUAGACGUGUAGAAAAUUCUAGGGCUUAAACUCAAAGAUUUCCAGCUACAAUUUUCUGUGAUCUCUUUUAUCAAUAUAGGACAUAUAGGUAAAUGUCAUGAAGAAUAAAUAUAAAGAUAUCUUGUAAAUAUUACGUAAGAUAUUAUAAGGUAACUUAGCAUUAAGAAACUGACUGUAAAGAGAAUGUAUGUAUAUGAUUUGUAAAACAAAAGUGGAGCUUUAUAAAAAUACCUAGUAUAUUCUGUAUGUACUAGUACACCUGAGUUUGUAUUUUUACAAUUAUUUCUACAUCGGCAUAACCUUGCCAUGAUUUUCCAACUUGUUGUACACAAUAUAAGCAUGUGUUUCAUUUAAAAAUAUUGUGUCAGAUUUAUUAUAACGUAAAAAAUAAAUGAAGAUAAUGUUAA